AUGUUGAGGUCACUGAUUAAACCAGCUACCAAAAACUCAAUUAGAACAAUAUAUACAUCAGUAUUAGAACAAGAUAUUAAUAUAACCAAGAAUGGAAAAGUAAAUUUAUCAGUUGGUCCAGGUGGUCGUUCAUCAAGGACUGGAUACACUGCAACAGUUUUUGGAGCCACGGGUUUUUUAGGACGUUAUUUAGUUUCAAAAUUAGCAAGACAUGGUACCACUACUAUAGUACCAUAUAGAGAUGAAUUAAAGAAAAGAUUUUUAAAAGUUGCAGGAGAUUUAGGAGUUGUUAAUUUUGUUGAAAUUGAUGCAAGAAAUUUACAAAGUAUUGAAGAUUCAGUUGCAAAUAGUGAUAUUGUUAUAAAUUGUAUCGGGACUGAUUACAACACCAAGAAUUUUUCAAUGGCUGAUGUCAACAUAGCAUUAGCUGAAAGAAUUGCAAAUGCCACCAAAAAGGCAAACGUACCAAGAUAUAUUCAUGUAAGUUCAUAUAAUGCUGAUCCCAAAUCUGAUUCUGUAUUUUAUGCCACAAAGGGAGUUGGAGAACAAGUUGUAAAAGACAUUUUACCAGAAUCAACAAUAGUAAGACCUUCACAAAUGUUUGGUAGAGAAGACAAUUUAUUAAAUUAUUUAGGUCCAAAUAUCAAAAUGUGGACCCCCAAUAAAAAUCAAAAAGAAAUUUAUCCAGUUCAUGUUUUAGAUGUAGCAAGAGGAUUGGAGAAAAUUGCAUAUGAUGAUUCAACUAUAGGUCAAACUUUUGAAUUAUACGGACCAGAAAAGAUAAGUUAUCAAGAAAUAAGACAAAUGAUUCAUGGUAUAACUGAAAAUUAUGCACAAGCAGGUCCAAUAAGUUAUAAUUUUGGAGAUUAUGAAUUACCAUUACCAUUAGCUAAACUUAUAGCAGAAUUAUAUCAAUUUGUAUGGUGGAAAUUACCAAACCCUGAUCAAAUGCAAAGACAUAUUAUAAAUCAAGUAAUUGAUCCAAACGCCAAAACUUUUGCUGAUUUAGGUAUAAAUGAUACAACAAAAUUAGCUGAUGUUUUAUUUACAUAUACAAAACAAUGGAGACAUCCAUUGAUUGCUCAAAAGGGAGGUCCAAACAAAAAGAAAUUAGAAGAUUUAAGACAUGUUCAACAUUUUACUGAUUAA